UGAAAUAAGUACAGUCGUAACUGUGAGCGAUAAAAGUGAUAAGCGGUCGUAAUAGAACGUUGGAGAUACAUAUAUAAUUCUUAUUUUACAAAGUACCUACAUACAUAGAUAUUUAAUUAUGGAUGAUUAUUAUAAUCGUCAGCAAGUACAUAAGGGUCGACGAAACCAGAAAGAAAAUGUCAUACCCCCUGAAAGGAACCCACAAAAUUGGAGUUAUAUAAUUUCAGACGAAGAAGCGCUGAAAAUUCAUGGCUUGAACGGUGAAUAUAGUGGUUACUCUACCGACAGCGACAGCGGAAAAAGCAGUUUCGAUGAGGAGUAUUACCAAAACAAACCCCAACCCCAGCAAAUAAAUUGCAUGAAUACUGUGACUAUUAAACGAUCGAAUUCCACAGAUGGGCGGCUUCAAACGAAGCAGGAUUGUGUGCACAACAAUCACGACACAGAAAUGAAGAAAGAUCUUUCUAGCGUGUUGGUCAGUCGCAAACGUACAGCCAGUUCAUCAUCAUUCGAAAAAAAAAGUUAUGAACAGAGUAUACCAUAUCAUCCAGCAUCAUUUAAAAACUUUCAAACAGUAACUCCACAUGUCGAUCCACAUUUAAAUACAUUUUUAGUAAACGAAAAUAAUUUUCACAAUGUAAGAGGUAUAAAUUACCAGUCUUCUACUACAAAUCAGUUUACGCAUGUACAGGCUUUGAAAAAUGUACAAUCAACUAGGACUGAAGAUAACCGCCAGGCAUUUGAAAAUUUCUCUAGAACUGUUAGACAAAAUUAUCACCCUAGAGUUUCAACAUAUCAACCCAUUAAUUUUCAAAAGGAAAUAUUACCUAACAGAACCGUCGGAGCCCCUGAACACGCUUCUACCGAAAGUAGACCUCAGGAAAAUAUAAGAGCGAACAAUCAUAACAUACCACAAACUUCAGGUCAAACAACAAGAAAUAUAACUAACUUGCCACAAACAACAAGAAAUGUAACUAAUGUGACACCUACACACAACUACGUACGAAGGACGGCACCAAAUCGCAACCAGCCUUCAACUUCAAAUGCAUCUGGUCUUCCAAGCGUAAUUACAAACGUUCCAAGUUCAAGUUUUAGAAUGAAUAAAAACAAUUCUUUACCAUCUCGCAACGUGACUAACACUUUAACACCGCAGAAUGUGCAAUCUUCGGCAAAUUACAAUUCGAAUUUGUCGGCUCACAGAGACUUGCUUGACAGAGAAGGCAAUACCCAUGAAGGAGGUAGAAUUUCUGAAGAUACCUCGGAAAGAGUUGUGUUGUGCGAUGACUCGAACGACAGCUUUUACGGCGGAUGUAUAGAUUUUAUAUGUUGCAGAAAAUGCUAAUCAUAUCGAUAUCUAUUCGAUCAGCAAAUGUUCUACGUUUAAAGUGUGAUACUUCUGCUAUAAAGGUUGUUUAUUUCUUUAAAAGGGCACUCCUGUAGCUUUAAAGGGAUUAUCUGAUUGAAUUUGUUUUAACAGAGCAUGUUUGUUCAUAUUUGGAAAUGACACGAUUACGAUUUCAGCCAUAUAAAGUCUAAGCGUGGUCUAUCUGUAAUAGUAAGAGAGACGAGAGUUAUUAAAAAAAGGGUGCAUCAUUUAAUCUAUUUUCUAACAAUUUAGCCGUGUGAAUAUUUUCUUGAUUGGAUAAACUUGUUAUUCCAAGCAGUCUCAGAAAAAAAUGUACCUGGGAUUCACAUCUGGUGGUUAAGGAGGCCAUGAUAUGGCUCCACCUGUUCCAAUCCACCUCCCAGGGAAUUUUUCACUGAGGGAAUUUCUCGCUUACAUUCCGUGGAGCACCAUUACGUGGGAUCCAUACUAUGGCACCUUAGACCGCCAGAUCUGAAUCCCAUGGACUUAUUUUUCUGGGGCUAUCUGACACAGGAGAUACAUAUUGGAAUGCAUUUUGUGACAUGCCGCUAUAUCUCGUUUUCUAAUACAUUUAUCAGCUUUUAAUAAAUUUAAAUAAUGUAUUUUUUUAAUAAAUCGAUAAAGAAGGCCUUUUGGAAAAUUUUCCAAUUUUAAAGUUGAACUUUCAGCACGAUCUUUUGGAUCAAUGGAAUUGCCGUAACUAUAAAUUAUCAAAAAUAUACAUGUUUCUUUUAAUAAAACUUCCUAUGUAAGUGAAAAUUUGGGAUGAAUUCACUUUUAACAGAAAGACUAGUUAUCUUUAACUCUGGAUAUCAAAUUUGACUUUAAUUAGACAAUUCUUAUAAAGGGGGGGGGAGGCGUUUAAGGGAAAACACCCUGUAGAAUACCAAAAGUACAAUAUAUAAGUAGCUGAUUCUAAUGUGAUAACAUAUUUAAAAAAUUUUCAUAUUAAUAUAUA